CGCAUGCACACCCAUGCUGACGGCGACCAUUCUGCAGCGCGAUGGGCCCAACUCGAUCAACUCCAUCGUGGCGAGCAUGAAACCGGUGAGUGAUCGGCUUUGUCAUGUUUCAUAGUGCCAUACUUCUGUGGACUGUGUACAUGGAUAUAAUCCUCACCCACCAACCGCAUUCCUGCCCGCCGUCCUCGCCCUCCACGUACGUUCGUCCGCGCGCCCUCCCACGCCCGUACCGCGUGGGCGCACACUUGCUCAUUUCCACUUCAUCCCUUUCGCCGCUCAACUUUCCGCUGACUUGUUAACGUGCGGCGCGCUGGUCAGCAACGAGCUG